CUCUCUCUCUCUCUCUAAAGUUUAUAUUUCUCUCUAUGCUUUUAUCUCUUUUAGAAAAGUUGAAUUUUUUUACCUAAAAAGGAUUUUUUUACUUUCUUUUUUUUGCUUAGAAAAAAGAAUCUUUCAUGGGUUGAAUUUUUCUUUUCUUUAAUUUUUUUUUGGAUUAUUCUUGCGGAUAGAUCUUUCUAGGGUUUUGAUGAUUAUGUUUGUAUGCUUUGAUUAUUUCAGCAAUUGUACUACUAGAUUGGCUCUUUGUAUGCUUUGAAAGCUUAAACAUACUAAACAAAGGCGGGGUGUGAUUUGAAUUUGACUGCAAAUUGUUUUGACUAUUAUUUUAUUAAUUUAUGUAUUUAGCUGAAGAGUCAUGCUUAAGAGUUGUUGAAUUUAGCUACAUUCAAGUUGAAUGUUUCUUGUUUGACUGUUAUAUGGGUCAAUCUUAUUUGGGUUUGUUGCACUUUUUGCUUGACAAGUUGUGGGUCAUGACUGUGGAUAUUGGGUUUAAUCUUACUUAAAUUUGGGUUAAAUUUCUUUUUAUCAGGUUUUGAUCUAUAAUUAUUUUUCAAAUUUGAAGGCUUUCAAAGGACGACCUGAGGUAUAUCUAUGACUAUUGAUUGCGGCUGCUUUGUUUGAUUAUUUCUUGUUCUGGUUGUAACUCCACAUCAAGGGCGUCUCUUAUGACUUUCCAAUUCAUUUGGCGAUUGUGGAGUUUCGAGUCAUGGUUUGGAAUAUGAGCGACAAUUGAGAUGCUAUUAGAUUGGUACUAUACUUGAAGAUAAUAGUUAUUCCGUGUUACUGUGGAAGAAAUGGAGCAAAGAGAGGGAGAAAGCUGGAGGGAAUUGAUGAAAAAGAUGCUUCCUGCAGGUGCUUCUCUCCCUGAAGAUGAUAGUAAGCUUGAUUACUCUAUAGCUAUAGAGUAUGAAGGUCCACCAGUCCCUUAUAAGGUUCCUAAAGUUGAACCUCUUGAUGUAAGUUCACAGGCAAUCCCAACUGCAGAACCACUUUCAGAGUCGCAAAGAUCUGCUACUAAUCUAGCUACUCCAGUAAUUGAACCAAUUCCUUUGCCUGUGUCUUGUAUAGCUGGUGUCACAAAUUCACCUACUCAAAGUCCUAGAUUAUCGGCAAGUUCAGAGUCAGUUGUGUCUGUACUGCAAAACCCUGAUUUUUCUUCAGCUUCAGCUUCAGCUUCAGCUUCUCCUGGGUCAGUCCACAUUCCUUCUAAUGAUAACCAGUCUAAAUUAGCGGGCAAUGAAGUAAGGAGAGUACCUGUUGUUACGUUUAAUACUGUUGAUAGAUCUGAGAGGAAAGAUGUUGAUGUAGAGAAGCCAUUUUAUCCUGAGUAUGUUGGAGUCUCGAAAGGAAAGAAGAAGCAAAAGAGUAGAGUCUGUUACAGGUGUCGAAAAGGGAAGUGGGAAACCAAGGAGUCAUGCCUGGUUUGUGAUGCUAAGUAUUGCAGCAAUUGUGUGCUUAGGGCUAUGGGAUCAAUGCCUGAAGGGCGUAAAUGUGUGACUUGCAUUGGUCAAGCAAUUGAUGAAUCAAAGAGGUCGAAGUUAGGUAAACACUCGAGGGUAUUGUCUCGCUUGCUUAGUCCUUUGGAAGUGAAGCAAAUAAUGAAAGCAGAGAAAGAAUGCUCUGCUAAUCAGCUUCGACCAGAGCAGUUGAUUGUCAAUGGAUUCCCUCUGAAGCCAGAAGAGAUGGCAGAAUUACUGGGAUGUCCACUACCUCCCCGUAAAUUGAAGCCAGGUAGAUAUUGGUAUGACAAGGAAUCUGGUCUCUGGGGAAAGGAAGGUGAAAAACCAGAUAGAGUCAUCAGUUCAAACUUAAACUUCACUGGGAGACUCAGUCCAGAUGCAAGCAAUGGGAGCACUGAAGUGUAUAUAAAUGGUCGAGAAAUUACCAAACUUGAACUGAGGGUACUAAAACUAGCAAAUGUUCAGUGUCCACGCGACACUCAUUUUUGGGUCUAUGAUGAUGGGCGUUAUGAAGAAGAAGGCCAAAACAAUAUUCGGGGAAACAUUUGGGAGAAGGCAUCAACGCGGUUUGUUUGUGCACUUUUCUCUUUGCCUGUGCCUCAUGGACAACCACAUGGACAGAGGGAUGAGGCCAGUAAUUAUACUACUGUUCCAAAUUAUCUUGAGCAGAAAAAAGUGCAUAAACUUCUUCUGCUUGGCCUUCAAGGCUCUGGAACAAGUACUAUCUUCAAGCAGGCCAAAUUUAUGUAUGGAAAUAAGUUUACUGCAGAAGAACUGCAGGAUAUUAAAUUGAUGAUCCAGAGCAAUAUGUAUAGAUAUCUUAGUAUUUUGCUUGAUGGACGGGAACGCUUUGAGGAGGAGGCAAUAUCUAGGAAGAAGGAACUAGAUACUGAUGAUCGAAGCUCAUUAUCAGGUGGUGAGCUUGAUUCUGGUGAAACUAAUCAGUGUAUUUAUUCCAUCAACCCAAGAUUAAAGCAUUUCUCAGAUUGGCUGUUGGACAUUAUAGCCACAGGAGACUUGGAUGCAUUUUUCCCUGCAGCAACACGUGAAUAUGCUCCAUUGGUUGAAGAAGUAUGGAAGGAUCCUGCUAUACAGGAAACUUAUAGAAGAAAAGAUGAGCUUCACUUCCUACCAGAUGUUGCCGAGUAUUUCUUAAGCCGGGCUGUUGAAGUCUCAAGCAAUGAAUAUGAACCUUCUGAACGUGAUAUUCUCUAUGCAGAAGGGGUCACUCAAGGGAAUGGUUUGGCUUUCAUAGAAUUCUCUCUUGAUGACCGCAGCCCAAUGUCUGAGACAUACACGGAUAAUUUGGAAGCUCAGCCUCCUCCUUUAACAAAAUACCAACUUAUCAGGGUAAAUGCCAAGGGGAUGAAUGAGGGGUGCAAAUGGGUGGAAAUGUUCGAGGAUGUGCGUGUGGUAGUGUUCUGUGUUGCCCUUAGUGACUAUGAUCAGAUGUGGCUUGCACCUGAGACCAACGGCAGUGGAUCACUACUUCAGAACAAGAUAAUGCAAAGCAAAGAGCUCUUUGAGACUAUGAUCAGGCACCCUUGUUUUAAGAAUACUCCUUUUGUGUUGGUACUUAACAAAUAUGAUCUGUUUGAAGAGAAGGUUAAUCGAGUGCAAUUAAGUGCUUGUGAAUGGUUUAAUGACUUCAGUCCCCUGCGGCCUCACCACAACAGUCAGACACUAGCUCACCAGGCAUACUACUAUGUGGCAAUGAAGUUCAAAGACCUCUAUGCUUCUCUCACAGGUCGAAAGCUUUUCGUGUGGCAAGCCAGGGCCAGAGACAGGGUGACGAUCGACGAGGCAUUUAAGUACAUAAGGGAGGUUCUCAAGUGGGAUGAGGAGAAAGAGGAUAACUACUAUGGCGGGGGAGCUGAGGACUCGUUUUACAGUACUGACAUGAGUUCAUCACCAUUUGUUAGGGCGGAGUAAUGUACGUUUGUAUUCUUAUUUGCAUUAGCUUUUUAUAGAUUUAAAAAAUGUAUAAAGAAAAUGGAUACCAUAUCACUAUACAGUUGGCUCUUUAAAAUAAGUUCAUUUUAUUUUUA